CCAUAUAUUUGUAUGUCUUUUUCAAAUAAGAAUAUGGGUUUGAUAAUGGCAAAUUCAGUAUCAUCAAUAGACAAUUCUCUAAUCAUUACAGGCCUUCUAUUGACACUAUCAACACUCGCGGAUGCACGUGCAUUUUUCGUGUUUGGUGAUUCCCUUGUCGAUAGUGGCAACAACAAUUACCUAGCAACAACUGCUCGUGCAGAUUCAGCCCCGUAUGGAAUUGAUUAUCCGACUCAUAGGCCUACAGGCCGCUUCUCCAAUGGCCUUAACAUCCCAGACCUCAUCAGUCAAGAAAUUGGAUUAUCAGAACCUCCAUUGCCAUACUUGAGUCCACAGCUGACUGGGCAAAGACUACUUGUUGGGGCAAAUUUUGCUUCAGCAGGAAUUGGAAUACUCAAUGAUACUGGAGUUCAAUUUCUGAACAUAAUUAGAAUGUAUAGACAACUGGAUCACUUCCAAGAAUACCAGCAAAGAGUAAGUUCUCUUAUCGGACCUAAACAAACUCGAAGACUUGUAAACCAAGCACUUGUGCUCAUCACUGUUGGUGGCAACGACUUUGUGAACAACUACUACUUGGUGCCAUACUCUGCAAGAUCUCGCCAAUUUGCAUUGCCAGACUACGUUAAAUUCCUUCUAUCUGAGUAUCGGAAAUUAUUGCUGAGGGUGCAUCAGCUCGGAGGACGCAGGGUGUUGGUGACAGGAACUGGACCAAUGGGAUGUGUGCCUGCAGAACUCGCAAUGAGGGGCAGCAGCAAUGGAGGAUGCUCGACUGAGUUGCAACGAGCUGCGUCUUUGUACAAUCCGCAACUCAUUCAGAUGCUGAAUGGACUCAACGGAAAACUUGGGAGACAUGUGUUCAUUGCUGCAAACACACAUCAAAUGCACCUGGAUUUCCUCGCCCAACCCCAAGCAUAUGGAUUUACGACAUCGAAAAUAGCUUGUUGUGGACAAGGACCUUAUAAUGGCCUUGGCCUAUGCACACUGGUUUCAGACUUGUGUCCUAACAGAGAUCUUUAUGUCUUUUGGGAUUCAUUUCAUCCAUCUGAAAAGGCAAACAAAUUGAUAGUGCAAAAGAUGAUGACUGCUUCCAGUUUAUAUAUGAAUCCUAUGAACUUAACCACCUUAUUAUCUAUUUUCUGAAUGGUUUAUGUAUUAAACUUAAAUAUGUAUCUUAUGAAUUUUUUUAAGUGAUUAAUGUCUUAGACUUAAUUGUAGUAAUUAAUUAAAAUUAAUUAUAGUAUAUGUACUUAAAUUUUAAGAGGUAU